GAGCUUUAUGAAAAUCUGGUCGAGCAUUGUACACCCAAACGAAAACACGAAUAAAACGGAAUAUUUUCUGAUUUCUAACAGAAAUUGAAUUUCUUUGUAUUAUUACAAGAAAUAAACAGCGCUUAUAUAAUAGAUCAGCUGCAAGCAACUUGCAAUGUCGACAACCUCAGCAAGUGUGCAACGACUUCUCCAGCAAUAAUACAGCUAAACAUUCAAACGAUGCAACGACCAAGGGGAGAUGAUGAGCACAAUUUUGCAGCAAAGAAACAAGCGUAGGGAAGAAAAAGGCAAGUACGAAAUGAAAUUAAGUAUCUGAGAGAACAUAUGCAGCAAAUGGUGGCAGAAGAAAGCAACAUGACCCUAGCUAGAUGGAGGAGUGCAAGAUAAAUAUUGCAACAGCAAACAAAUGAUGUGCCAAAAUGAACGAGUGCGAAUAAUUGCUCAGUCAAGUGGGUAAUUAGAAAGUUUGGUAGAAGAGAGGGAAUGAGAGAUAGAAAGUGAGAGAUGGUAUAAGAUGGCACUUGGUUCUCAUAACUUGAUGCUUUUGCACUUACCGACCUACGCCAAAACGUAACUCAACUAAGUGCAGUGAGACACAAAAUUAGCAGAAAAGCUUUGAAGGCAGCAAAAUUUGUCGAAGAACAUCCAACAAAAUGGAGUACAACAUAUCGAAUUUAUUCUACAUCUGCCUACUGGCGAGCUUUAUGUCACAAUACGCACAAGCUGGGAAAACAGAAGCCAGCGAACCGCCUGCUGGGCAGGAGCAUGGCAGCGCUAGCUUGGCUAUGGCACGCGCUCGAGCGCUGGCGAACAUACAAGAACAACUCUUACCGAAUUUGAAUCUCUUACAAUUGGAGGCAAAUGAGUUUCUUAGUCGCGUCAAUGGCGCCAUCUAUAAUAUGACCUUCAACGAGACUUUCGAAGAGGAGAUGAUGUGUCACAAUGGGCAGAAUGCGAUUGCCAAUCUGGUCACGAUGAUACUCUAUGCACUCGUUUGCAUUAUUGGGCUCUUCGGCAAUACACUCGUUAUUUAUGUGGUGCUGCGUUUUUCGAAAAUGCAAACAGUCACCAAUAUUUAUAUACUCAAUCUGGCCAUAGCCGAUGAAUGCUUUCUGAUUGGCAUACCAAUACUCUUGUAUACAAUGCAAAUCGGCAGAUGGCCAUUUGACGAUUAUGUGUGUAAAGCUUAUAUGGUGAGCACGUCAAUAACACAAUUUACAUCGUCGAUAUUCUUGCUGAUCAUGUCAGCCGAUCGUUAUAUAGCCGUUUGUCAUCCGAUAUCAUCGCCACGCUAUCGUACGCCGUUCGUAUCGAAAUUGGUCUCGGGUUUUGCUUGGCUGACGUCGGUGCUACUUAUGUUGCCCGUGAUACUGUUCGCCAACACGGUGCAGUCGAAUGAGGAUCACGUGUCGUGCAACAUUAAGUGGCCCGAAGCACAAAAUACACAAUCGGGUACCACAUUUAUACUGUACACACUGACAUUGGGCUUUGCCACACCGCUUACCUUCAUCUUGAUCUUCUACUUUCUCGUUAUACGCAAAUUGCAUACGGUCGGUCCAAAGCAAAAGUCCAAAGAGAAGAAGCGCUCUCACCGCAAGGUGACCAAACUGGUGCUAACAGUGAUUACAGUAUACAUACUGUGUUGGCUACCCUAUUGGAUAUCACAGUUGGCGCUCAUCUAUUCGUCGCCAAGCAAAUGUGCAUCGCGACUCGAGAUCACCAUCUUCCUACUAGCCGGCUGUCUCGGCUAUUCGAACUCGGCCAUGAACCCCAUUUUAUAUGCAUUUUUGAGCGACAAUUUCAAGAAGAGCUUCCUAAAAGCUUGCACUUGUGCAACUCGUAAGGAUGUCAAUGCCCAGUUACAAUUGGAGAAUAGUCUCUUUCCAAAGUUCGGCAAAAAUCGUCAAUCGGAUCGUUUAUUCUCACCGAAGAAGGCCAAACAGAAGAAGUUGCUGGUAACGCGUAAUAAUAAUGCGACAAAUAUGCACAACGCGGCUUCAACAACAACCACGACAACGACGAAUACAACAACAACUAGCAAUAAUAGUGCCGCCAAUCAAAUUGUUACUUACCCGGAUCCUCAGACAAGCAAUUUGCCGACAUUGAAGACGCCGCUUAAGACAGCUAACCAACAAGCCGCUGGGAACGUUGUGCCGGGCACAAAUGCAACCGUGCUUUUAGUGCCGGACACAUCGUGCGCAGAUGUGUUGGAACAUCAAGUUGCCGCGAAGCCGAUUGAUACCGAUAUGAGUUGUAAAGCGCCAGUGUUGCACACGGACUUAUAAGACUUGGCUAUGGGUGGACGUACGCCAGUCGAGACCAUUGUCUAUGUGGCAAAGAGAUGAGUAUCAGCAAGAGAGUUCCGAAAUGAAGAGUUGAUAUGAGUGCGAGUUAUGACAAGGAAAUGAGGUUUAGAAAGUUUAUAGAGUGAACAAGUAAGUUGUGUAAUUAAAAGAUCGGCUUCUACCUAGCGGAAGCAUGUGGAUAGAUGAAAAUCUUAAAAGCAGAGUGGAAGAACUGGUUGGUAUAAUUUGAAUAUAAUUGAAGUCACUUAAAUAUUUAGGGAAAGUAUAGAAGGCAUUGAUAUCUCAUAAAGCACUAAGUAGAGUAGGAGGAAAUGAGAUGAGUUUUGUGAUAAAACUAGCGCUAUUUAUGCAAUUUCGACUUGAAGAUAUUGUACUGAUUAACUAAAAUAAACGAAGUCAAAUCAUAAGCUUAAUUUGAAAAGCGUUUAGAGCAAAAAGAGUAUGUUUAGUAUUCCAAAUAUUUAAUAUUAGGAGCUUUACUCAUAAGUAUGCUGUAAAAGGUAUAUGAUCAACCAUCAAUUCAUCGAUUAUUACAGGGCUUAACAAACUAUAACCAAAAGCUUUUAAUCGUAAAAGCUUUGAAAGCUCUCCGCGUUUGUACAGAAGUUUCAAGGCAGUUAGCAGCAAGUAAUUUUACCUCCAAUAACAGCAUAUAACUCAGUUGGAUACUAGAUAACAGAUUUAGAUUGUCCGCUAUGGUAUCCUUUUUAUACGAUAUCAAAGCUUCAAAGCACUUUUUUAAACCAAAAUUAAAGUAAAUUUCGAAAAAAAUGUAUGUAAAUAGCUGUAA